AUGGACCGAUUACCAUUAGAGCUGGUCACGAACAUUUUAUCACGGCUUGACUUUGAAGAACAGUUUCCUCACUUACCAACAGUAAAUUCAAUUUGGUAUGCCGCACUCAAGGAUAUCAAGCUACUUGUAGUCAAGGCUUCUCCUAGCUUAAAACAAGCAGACUUGGGAAAGGUUGUUGCGUUAUUUCCACUUCUUCAAGAACUGCACCUCAAAACAGCCGACUAUAUGCAAGAUACUGCAUUGGUGCAUCAAAUUGCCCAACAGUUCAAAGGACAUUCUAACCUGCGCCUUAUCGUAAGCAGCAGCGAUAUGAUUAUCAAAGGCGUGCUAAAAGGUUGCCCGAAACUUGAAUCUGUCAUUCUAACUGCCGAACCAAUAAUGCAAAGCCACAAUGAAGAUCAGGUUUACGAGACGCAGCUGAACCAAGAAAUGAACUUGGGAUCGGUGACAACCAAUCUUGAAAGUACUUCUACAUCCAACUUUAGGUCAUACGAUUCAACCCCAUUAGGACCUCGCGGUCGUCGAAAUAUUGGGCUUCUUCUUGCCGCAUUGCCAAAACUAAAAAAUCUUGAUGUCGACGGACCGUCUUUCUGGCGUCGUCAUUGCUUAUUUGGGCAGUCUAGUGAUGCAGUGCAUGCACCUCGGCGAAUCGGACAUCACCUUGAAUCUCUUAAAUUAACAUCUGUAAAUAGUUGGACUAUGAUCAAUUUUCUUUCUUGGCUAGAUAGCUACAACCGAAAUAUUACCGAUAAUUCGAGAGUAGCUAUAUCAGAUGUCGACAAAGAAUUCAAAGUGCAUGAUGCAAGCGAGUUUAAAAUCAAUAUUCCUCAACCCAUCAACGAUCAAGCACCCCUAUUCAAUCUUAGGCAUCUUUAUCUAGAUAUUGACUAUCUCUACCUUCCAGCCAAUGCAAUCAAGGUUCUUUCUCAAGGCAGCCCCAAUCUUCAGUCACUAAAGAUUAAAUUUGGCAUUCUUCCUCAUAAUUUAAUAUUUGACAUCAAAACAUAUAUGAGCUCGCUCAAGAGUCUAACUUUAUCCAAAUGCGAUGUUUGGUUUGUGUCCCAGAAUUGGGCUCAUUUUUGCAUAUUUUUAGCUUCCCGGAAGAUAUCCACCAAUGUCAAUACUACCAGUCAAGGAUUGGAAACUUUAUCAUUCAACAUGUGCACAAUCCAAAUCCUAGAAGAACCACGCUGGCACGAGGAGUAUCAACAACUGAUGUCACAUACCCAUCACCAUCCCGAUUCCUAUACUCGGACACCUCAACCACAUAUACCAUCUUUUGGUCUUAAGCAACUCAAAAUCUUUGAUACAGGACAUUCUCGUGUGGACUCAAGUGUGUUACAUACUCUUAUUGUUACGUUUCCAGAAUUAACCGUGCUGAGACUAGAUGUGACAUGCGAUUGUUUUCCAAUCCAAGAUGCCUUUUUUUUGGAAAGCCUUCGGCGUGGAUUUGCAAAUCUACGUACACUUGAAUUACGUGCAGGGAAACCUCAACAUUUACCUGAUACAAGCGACUCGCUUGUGGAUUCUGCCAUUAUCGAUCAAUCCAUCCGCAUGCCAUAUUUAAAACGACUAUCGUUGUGGUGCUUCACCUCAUUUCCUCACUUUCUGCUUCGUCCAAAUGUAGACACAAUUGAAGAGUUGGUUAUUAAUUAUCCAGCAAUUAUUCCUGCAUUUCAAGACACGCAUCCAGUUCAGCAUGGUCAUAGCAGCACUCAAGGUAGCGAAAAGUACAGUCAGUUAUCUCGGUUAAAAACUUUAGAGAUUCGUGGAUUAUCGAAUGCUGCACAUGCCAUCUGCUUGGCGGUGCUGGACAUGAUUGCUUCAAAUGCCCCUAAUCUGACAUCACUUUCCUUGAUUGCGCUAUGUCGUGUUACUGCAUCCCUUCCUUUACGGCAUCUUUUGCAUCUAACAACUUCAAGUCCAAACCUCACUACUUUGCACACCAGUGGCUUUAUUUUUCCAGACGAUGGGUUUAUUUGCCUCUGCAAUGUCUGGCCCAAUCUAUCAUCCCUAGAAAUCAUAGGUGCACACUGUGCAGGGACACUCACGCCAGAAUGGGAAAAGCAAAGCCUAGAUCCGUUCAUGGCCUCGCACCGAAAAUUGUAUCGUCUUACAUUGGGAAUAUCCCAGCUAGCCAUACCGGGAUUUGAACUAUUAAAUGCAUCAGCAUUGAUUUCUCAGCUAACUUCCCGCGGUAAUCUGAUGAUGUCUGAUUUUGAUUUUGAUUCUGAUUUUAUGCAUACGGUACAAGCAGCCAAUAUGGCAACGUAUAAAAGACUUGGAGCAUAUAUGCGGGCAAAAUAUUUUUGGAUGCGAGAAUGUAUCAUUCAUGGUCCUUGA